CGGCGCGUCACUUCCGGUAGCGCGGAGCUUGUAAAACACCCUGGAGAGAAAAUGGCGGCGGCGGCGGCUUCGGCGCCUCAGCAGCUCUCGGACGAGGAGCUUUUCUCUCAGCUCCGCCGUUACGGCCUGUCUCCCGGCCCCGUGACGGAGAGCACCCGCCCGGUCUACCUCAAGAAGCUGAAGAAGCUUCGAGAGGAAGAGCAGCAGCAACAGCAGCACCGGUCCGGGGGCCGCGGCCACAAGACGCGGAACAGUAAUAACAAUAACACGGCAGUCCCGGAGGCCGGCGAGGCGCUGUGGUCGAGCCGCACCGUGAAUGGCAGCCGGCUCCUCGCCUACAGCUGCCGGGAAAACUACUCGGACUCGGAGGAAGAGGAGGACGUCGACGUGGCCUCCGGCCGGCAGGUACCGAAGGACGACUCCCUCCCCCGGCACCGGCCCCGGAUGAAUGACAGGGCGGCGGCCGCGGGGAGUCUAGACAGAAGUCGAAACCUCGAGGAGUCCGCGGCGGCGGGGCAGGGAGGGGCGUGUGAGGCGCUGGACUCCAGCCCGGUUCCUCGAUACCGUGUGAACGCCAAGAAGCUGGCCCCGCUGCUCACCGACAUGGACGCCACCCUGGACUCGUCCGCAGGCUCCCUGCUCAAAACCAAUAAUCAUAUCGGCGGCGGCGGCGCCCUCGGGGUGGACUCCUCCAGGAUUUUCCCCAACAGCCUCCCUCCCAGUGCGGCGGUGGCCGCUUCGGGUUCACUCAGGAUCAAUCACUCCAAUCACACGGGCGCCAAUCACGCCUACCUGCAGAACGCUUACGGCAAGCCGAAGCUCUCCGAGCCCGAGGAGGAACUUCUCCAGCAAUUUAAACGGGAGGAGGUGUCCCCCACCGGGGGUUUCAGUGCCCACUACUUGUCGAUGUUUCUGUUAACUGCUGCCUGCUUGUUUUUCCUAAUUUUGGGACUGACUUACCUAGGAAUGAGAGGAACCAGCGUAUCCGAGGAUGGAGGACUCAGCAUAAAAAACCCCUUUGAUGAAACAUUUGGAACAAUACAAGAAAAAGAAAAAAAUCUUAUGAUGAACACUUUAUACAAGCUUCAUGAUCGAUUGGCACAGCUUGCAGGAGAUCAUGAAUGUGGCAGUUCUAGUCAGAGAACACUUUCUGUACAAGAGGCAGCUGCAUAUUUAAAAAAUUUAGGUCCUGAAUAUGAAGAUAUGUUUAACAUGUCAUUACAGUGGAUUUUUGAAAAUGGAAAAGAUGUUGGAAUAAGGUGUGUUGGCUAUGGCCCUGACGAACAAUUGACAAAUGUAACUGAUGUGCAGUUUUUACAGUCCACAAGACCACUAAUGUCUUUUUGGUGUCGUUUUCGGCGCGCUUUUAUUACUGUCACCCACAGGUUAUUGUUGUUAUGUUUAGGUGUAGUGAUGGUUUGUGUUGUUCUGCGUUACAUGAAAUAUCGCUGGACAAAAGAGGAAGAGGAAACAAGACAGAUGUAUGAUAUGGUGAUAAAGAUUAUAGAUGUUUUACGAAGUCAUAAUGAAGCUUGCCAGGAAAACAAAGAUUUACAACCUUUCAUGCCUAUUCCACAUGUUCGAGAUUCCUUAAUACUGCCUCAUGACAGGAAAAGAAUGAAGAAAGUCUGGGAUAGAGCCGUUGACUUCCUUGCUGCUAACGAGUCUAGAGUUCGUACAGAAACACGAAGAAUAGGUGGUGCAGAUUUUCUAGUUUGGCGGUGGAUCCAGCCUUCUGCAUCCUGUGACAAAAUAUUAGUAAUACCUUCAAAAGUAUGGCAAGGUCAAGCAUUUCAUUUAGAUAGAAGAAAUUCACCACCAAAUAGUUUGACGCCGUGUCUCAAGAUUCGAAAUAUGUUUGAUCCAGUUAUGGAAAUAGGGGAUCAGUGGCAUUUGGCAAUUCAAGAAGCAAUUUUAGAAAAAUGCAGUGAUAAUGAUGGCAUUGUUCAUAUUGCAGUAGACAAAAAUUCACGUGAGGGUUGUGUAUAUGUUAAAUGUCUGUCUCCAGAAUAUGCUGGGAAAGCUUUUAAGGCAUUGCAUGGCUCUUGGUUUGAUGGGAAAUUGGUUACAGUAAAAUAUUUACGACUAGAUAGAUAUCACCAUCGCUUUCCCCACGCUCUUACUUGCAACACUCCCUUGAAGCCAUCAAAUAAACAUAUGAACUCUAUGUCGCAUCUUCGUCUGCGGACUGGCUUAGCCAAUUCUCAAGGAGGUUCCUGAAAAGACUUUCUUCCACUCCUAGAACUGUUAUUUACAAUAGAAAAAUUCCAGUUUGGUUUCUUGUCUUCCUUUUUAAAUGCUUUUUGUAUGUAAUAUUUUUAUUGAAUACAGCUCUAUUUGAACGUUCCAGAAAUCUUAAGGUUCCAAAGGGACUUAGCAAUGAGGCAGCAAUGCUGAGUAGGUAAAUAAUUGUUUCAUUCAGUUUUUUGGAGCUCAUUUAAGCCAAUGCAUUUAAAGUUUUGCAUGAGGAACAUUGACUUUAUUACAUAUUUUCAGAUGUGGUGGUGGUAUUUUUGCACCAAAAAGUGUUUUGAUAAUCACACAAAAGCAUGGUAAAGAGACUUGUAUUUCCAUAAUUUCCUGUGAACUAAUGUUGUGAAUUCUUGUAUACAGUAACCUGUAUAGAUCCUUACAGGCUAAUGUGGUAAAACUGUUCAUUUUCCAAUUUAACCUUAGGUUUCUAUUGCUUGUAAGAGAUUCAUUUGCUACAGCUGGAAUAUGGGAAAACUAAUUUGGAUUUAGUGGUUACAUAUAAGUAUAAUUGGAUGUACAUGUACUUAAACUGGCUUUUCUAUAUAUGUAUAAUUGCUGGUGGUGGCAAAAGUAGUCUUGUUUUGUGAGGAUGUCUGCAUUAAAGCAGUAAAAUAAGCUUCCUAUUUUAUUCAUAAUCUAAAGUGUAUAUAUAUGUAUAUGUAUAUAUGUGUGUAUGUAUAUAUAUAUAUAUAUAUGUAUGUGUGUAUGUGUAUAUAUACACACACAUAUAUACAUAUGGCUGUACUAUCACAUAGAUCAAACAGCCAAAACCCCGGAAGUAUUAGAUACAAGUUUCAAAUAUCUUUUAUAGGUUUUAUAUAAAAAUGUCAUGAGUAUGAUUUUGUGUGAAAGUUUCGAUACCAGUUGUAAUGGUUUCAAAUUUAUGUGAGCAAUAAAGAAGCAAUUGGCGGAUAUUGGAAAAGUAUUUUGUGAAAAGCUGUAUUUAUUAUAAAUGCUAGGGCUACGAUAUAGUACCAUUGGGAUUAAGUCAUUUUCCCAAUCUAUUUAUAACUUAAUAAAAUAUUAGCUCCCCUGUUAUAUGUCAAGUUUAAAGCAGGGCACAUUGUUUCAGCAAAAUGUGUAUCUGAAAAAUUAUAUCUACAGUUUUGGGUCAUGAAACGUUUGCAAUAUAGUAAAUGCACGAGUGACCAUUGCUUUGUGCCUCGAUAUUUACUUUGUUUCAGGAGAGUUACUUUAUUACUGUUUUUGAUUUCAGAUUAAAAUAGUUGUGGAGCAAAGUUUACUUGUAAUGUCCACAACUGGCUUUUUUUUUUCCUUUUUGUUUUUUAAGUAACCUGUUGAUAUAUCAUUGUCAGUCCAAAUGAAUAUGUGAAACAGUUGAAGGUUGUACCGAUUUUUAUUUUGUUUAAAGCUCAGUUUCCUUUUUGGUUUUUAUUGUAUAUGUGUUGGGUUUGCAGCAUGCACUUGCACAGAUAAUGCACGUUUUCUGGUUAAGUAAACAUGAUGCACACUGUUCUGUAACAGAAAACCCUAUUGUGCCUUACCUAUGUGCUUUUGUGGGCACCAUGUUUAUGAAGAAUAAAAAUGAUUUGUUAUCUGAAGAGAAUAAAUUUUAAAUUCUCAGUUUAUGUCUCAGAUGCUAACGUGUGAAAAUAUAAAUAUAUAUAAUAUAUAAAAUAACCAUUUUAUGUGCAUCAUAGUGAUUUAUCUGAGCUUAGUGACCCCAUCUUGUGACCUGUUGCAAGAGUGAAUGUAAAAAUUGUGGCAUUUUAAAAGGUAGCAUUUUGAUGCAGAUACAUCUUUAUCUUGCUUCUAAAACAUAUUUCAUGUAAACAUUGUACACUUAUUAUUGUAAUAUAUACUAUUAUGCAGCUUAUUUUACCUGAAACUGUUAAGCUGACCAAGAUCCCUCCCUGCAAGACAGAUGGGAAUGUGUAUAAUAACUAGAUAUUUGAGAAGUUCUGAAGUUUGAUGUAAUCUGUUACUUGUCCUGUUACAAAAAAGGAAAAAAUUAAAAAUUUAUUAGGUUUUUUU